UAAAAAUGUAUUUAAGAUUGAUGAUGAGGGAAAUGCUCAUGCAUCUGAAUCUGAAUCUUUCAGUAGUGUGUUCAGAGGCUAUCCUAGGUCAAGAGGCAGUGUUAGAGGGAGAGGGGUGAAUAGUCAAAGAAGAGGUAGGGGUGGGUAUGUCAGAGGAAGAGGAGUCAGGAAUACAGGAGAGGCUUCUUGGAAGAGGAGGGUACAGCCUGAGAAGUCGGUUUCAAGAAGCCAAUCAUCAACACCCGAAGCAGGAGGCCAGACACUUGAAGAACAUGAGGCUGAUUCAAAAUCUGAUGAGGAUUCUUCUGAUGAAGAUGCUAAACCACAAGUUCCCCACAAAUCAGUCAGUACUAAGAAAAAAGGUCAUGUUGCAGCAAAAUUUGUAACAACUGGCAAGUUUAAUAAGGCAGGAAAAGGGAAAGUAUCAAGCAGGAAAUCUAAAGUGACCACAUCUAAGACAGUAGGAAGGUUGUUGCAGGAUGUGUCCAGUGACAGUGGAGAGGAACUACCUCGAGGCUCUAAAGUGAAUGAUAUUCUCAAAGGACUGCUGAAGGAGUAUGGUAAUGACAGCGAGGAUAGUGUUCUUGUGGAUUUGGUGAAAGGAGUUGAAGGAGAAGGUUGUACAGAAGGAGCUACAGAUGGUUUGCAACAGAGGAAGAAAAGGGUGAGAAAGAAGAAAACUCCUGACCGAACCAGAACUAGCAGUGAAAGAAGUUCUGCUUCUGAUGGGGGCUUACAAGCUCAGAAAAUAACUGCAGGCUCCACAGCUCAUCAGGAUGAAGAUGAGGAAGUGAAUGAUGUACAGAAUGCCUUCAGAAAUUUGCUGACUCAGUUUGGUGGUAGAGCUAAGAUGACUGAAUUGUUGAAGCAGAAAGAAAAGUUUCCCAAGUCUUUCUUUGACACUGAAUGGCUACAAAGGCAUAACAAAAAAUUUCUCAUAUUCAAACAAAAAGGAUUGAUAGAGUAUGUGUCAACUUACUUUCGAGAAGCAAAGUUGUGUGUAUACUAUAACAGUCCAAAAGGGUGCACCAACAAAGAGUGUGAAUAUUUUCAUGUGUGUAGUGGGUUUGUAACGGAGUCUUGCAAGCCACACCUUCAAAAAUGCCCUCGCACCCACAAUUUCUUUGAGAAAGAAAAUGGUGUUUUAGUGGAAAAACUUGGCCUGAAAGAUUUUAAGAAUAAAGAAAUUGCUAAAGUUGUACGCUGUACAGUUCCUGAAGUUUGUAAGGAAUAUAACCAGUCAAACUGCCAAGAAAGUUGCUGCCCUUUUCUUCACAUUUGUGAUCAAUAUCCAUGCAAACGCAAGUCAUGUCAAUUGGAGCAUACAUGCAUCUCCUCAGACCACAACAAAUGGGUUUUGAGCUGCUUCCAUAUAGUCCACUUUAAAGAAUUUAUCCUCAUAAGAAUGGUUCUCGGAAAAAACAAACCUGUAGAGGCUGCAUCAGCUACAACAGAACCUAGUCAGAGAACUUCUGAAGCAAAUCGUGAAUCGCAGUAUGCGCCGGAGCCAAAAGUUCAGCAUGAAACAGCCACAAGAGCCCAAUAUGAACAUGAAACAACUGCUCCAAAUCAAUCAACUGAAAAGGUUCCUCAACCAGUUCCAAGAACUCGCCCUGAACCAGCUCCAAGAACUCGCCCUGAGCCAGCUCCAAGAACUUACCCCCAACCAUCCUCAAGAGCUAUGUUUGAAGACCCUGGAGUACACCCUGAACAAGCUGCAAGAGCUAUCCCAGAACAAGCGAACAGAUACCAGCCUGAACCAGUCCUAAAUGCUUACUCUGAAUUAGCCCCAAGAGCUUACCCUGAACACUCUCCAAGAGCUUACCCAGAACCAGCUUCAAGAGCUUCUCCUGAACCAGCCAACAUGUCCCAGGUUGAAACACAUCGUAGAGCAUACCCUGAACAUGCUCCAAGUGCUUUCCCUGAACAUAUUCCAAGAGCAUACCCUGAACAAGUUCCAAGAGCUUACCCUGACCCAGCCAACAGAGCUCAGUUUGAACCGGACCCUCGAGCUUUCCCUGAACCAGCUACAAGAACUUACCCUGAACAAUCUCCAAGAGCUUACUCUGAACAAGUUCCAAGAGCUUACCCUGACCCAGCCAACAGAGCUCAGUUUGAACCGGACCCUCGAGCUUUCCCUGAACCAGCUACAAGAACUUACCCUGAACAAGCUCCAAGAGUUUACUCUGAACAAGCUCCAAGAGCUUACCCUGACCCAGCCAACAGAGCUCAGUUUGAACCGGACCCUCGAGCUUUCCCUGAACCAGCUACAAGAACUUACCCUGAACAAUCUCCAAGAGCUUACUCUGAACAAGUUCCAAGAGCUUACCCUGACCCAGCCAACAGAGCUCAGUUUGAACCGGACCCUCGAGCUUUCCCUGAACCAGCUACAAGAACUUACCCUGAACAAGCUCCAAGAGUUUACUCUGAACAAGCUCCAAGAGCUUACCCUGACCCAGUCAACAGAGCUCAGUUUGAAGCAGACCCUAGAGCCCACCCUGAGCCAGCUCCAAGAGCUUACCCUGACCCAGUCAACAGAGCUCAGUUUGAACCAAACCCUAGAACUUACCCUGAGCCAGCUACAAGAGCUUACCCUGAACCAAUUCCUAGAGUUCAACCACUCCAUGUAGCUCACUAUGAUCGAGCACCAGAAGUUCACCGGGAACCAGUCCCUAGAUCUGAGUAUGAACCAGUGCCGAGAGAACACCGUCAACCAGCUGCAAACACCCACCUUGAAGCAAGGCCUGAAACUCACAUGGAACCAACACAAAGGGUUCCAGAAGCAGCUUCAAGGUAUCAGCAACAACCAUCACCUUAUGUUGAAGCUGGUCCUGUAGGGAGUGUUGUGGAUAUUGCUGAGGGUCAGUACCUGUGCGAGCAGCACAUCUGGGAUACUUGUAAGAAGGGGCAUGCAUGUCCCUAUUACCACGCCAGUAGGAGAAUACCCUACCAGUGGCAGGUGGAGCUAAAGGACUCAUGGACCAACUUCCCUGAGAUGGCCAAUGAGAAAUGCGAGAAGGCCUUCUGUGAUCUGGAAUCCAGUGUAAACAGGAUCAUUUUGAGCAGUCAGUCACUUGAUAUUAAUCUUGACAAGAUGAUGGCAAGACGAAGCCUCACUGACCCGACGAGCAACGUGGUCACAGACAAUGUGAAGGUACGACGACUCUCCACACGGUCCUAUUGUGAAGGGGAAGGGAUGUUGUCCCACUUCACAUUCUGGGGCUGGUACUGGCUGGACAACAGACACAAGUGGAGUCUGUAUGAGCAGGAUAAAAAACAGUACACACUUGAGAAGAAGCUGCUGUAUGGUCAGUCAGAAUAUCUUUUUGAAAAUGUGCUCGAGAAUAACAUAUUCCAUUACCGAUUAACGUUUUCAAUCACUGGAAUGAUGCAGAAGAAUUUAGAGACUGGAACUGUCCGCCCGGUCAUCAGACGGCCAUUGUUUGUAGCCCAAAAGGAUGUGGAUGACAAGAUAGUCCUUGGUGCGUCCACCCAUUCCUCUUGCAACAAGCCCCCCCAGGUGCCUCGCAAUGUGCCCACCCACUGGGCGCCCCUCGACUUGGUCCAGUCUUUCGAACUGGUCAGUCUGGACGUGGAGGCUAACAUGUACCUGCAGGUCAAGAGAAGGUUCUAUGCCUCAGUGCCACAGAGUCAGUACCACAUCACGGCCAUCUAUCAGGUCCAGAACCCCACAAUGUGGGACAAGCACCUCAGCCACAAGAGGUCAAUGGAACAUACUGCACAGAGAGAAGGUUUGACUCAGCCAAUCAAUGAACAGCAACUUUUUCAUGGCACUGAUUCAGAGGAGGUUGUUCGUGGCAUCUGUGUCAAUGGCUUUGACUUCCGUGUAAGUGGCAAGAAUGGUACUGUGUAUGGAAAGGGGGCAUACUUUGCCAGAGACGCCUCCUACAGCAACAACUACACUAACAUCAGGGGUAAGAAGUACAUGUUUCAAGCCAAGGUACUGGUUGGUCGGUACACGAAGGGCACAGCAGACAUGACACGACCUCCACCAAGGGCAGGUCACGAGCUAUAUGACUCCUGCGUCAAUGACAUUAAUCAACCAACCAUAUUUGUCACCUUUGACCAAAACCAGUCGUAUCCCGAGUUCCUGAUUGAAUAUGAAGACAAAGCAAGUUUACCGCCCUCCCAAUCCAAUCAACCUCCAACAAUGGCACAAGUGCAACCAGUACCGGCACAAGCGUCACCAACAGCAGGAGUGCCACUGUCAUACCCAACGUCCUACGGCAUGCCUGCCUAUCCGCACCACACAUACACUUCGUCUCCAACCAGUCCGGGGAAUUUGACACCACAACAGAUGUCGUAUAACUACUCACCAGGAAGUGUCAAGCCGCCUGUCAAAAAGUCUCCUGAUAGCUGUGUUGUCAUGUAAAGGAUAUGAAAACAAAUGUCCUACUUCAGCAGAACAUGUGUCAAACACUCUCUCACAAAGAGGACGUUAAAUAUCAUCAAAAGGAAAAAGAAGAAAACAAAGAUGGCGAAAAGUCGUCAGCAACUUUGAAAUUUCAAGACAUAGUGAAGUCCUGCUUUCCAGACAACAGCUGUAGACUUGAACCUGAAAGGUUUUCAGCUGAAGUGAUAAGAUAGGAAAUCACAGGAAACUCCCCAAAAGAUCCGCAUGAAAUUCUUCUUGCCCCGAUAUACCUGUAAUAUUGGACAAGCUGACUUGUGUCAGUUUCCACUUCACACUUCAGUUAAGAGACCAUGCCUCCAUGGGUCAAUGUACAAAGGGACAUAACUCCCUUCUAAUUGUUUGUUGACCACAAAAAUGUUUAAACUGAAUGACAUUUCUGGGAGCGUGUGCUGUCUAGAUUAACAUGGCUUCACUGCAUAUGUAACAUGGUGACUAAUAUUGAUGUUAUUCCACAGGGGAAAUAUUUUGCAGAAGAACACUGUUACAGUUAAUUGUUAUCCCUUAUUUGAUUGUGAUGUAUCAUGUAUUAUUAUGUAUUCAGAUGUUUGUAUUAUGUCUGACAACUGAAAUUCCACAUUCCCUUUAUGUUUCUAGGAAUUUAUUUUGUUUAUGGAUGUUUUAGGAGGCCAAAAAAUGUCUUUAAUCUACAAAUGCCCACCCUCCCCAUCCUUAAUGAAUGAUCCAAUGGCUACACUGGUUGUCAUUAAAGAAUCAUUUAAUAUAAUUAUAGCAGACUCUACAGAGCACUCACAUGCAUUCACCCACAUGUAAACACACAAACACAAACAGACAAAAUCCAGAGAUUUUGAGAAAAACAAUCUCUGAGGGUGUAUGAGACUGCAGAGAUAGUAAAGUAAUACAGAAGUUUGUUGUUUUAAAUACCGGGGUACCUUAUUUAUGUAGCAGUCCUUGACUUGAAUGAACAUAUCCAUACUUAUUCGUUAUGCAUUGCAAUGGUACAAGGAUUGUAUGUUGGGGCAUGGUGUUGAUACAAGAUGGUAUAUGUAUGAAAGGAGCACAUGGUAGUCUGGGAUAGCACCAUAGUGUUCUCAUUUACAGCUCAACAAAUCAUGUUGUUUGAAUUAAUUUUGCAUCAGUGGCUCCAUUAAUCAAUUGAUUAAAUACAUCCUAAAUGUAUUUUGACUAGAUCUCAAGAGUGAAGAUGGACAUAGCAUGCGUCUCAUUUACACUACUGCGUGUUAUCGCAGCUAUAAUAGAGACUGCUUUAUUAAGACCAGGUAAUUUUUAUGAGGUCUUUUGUGCCAUACCUGUGACAAUCUUCAACUCUUUAGGAAUGGAACCCUUCUUUGUGCUGUGCCACCAUGGGAGACAUAUUUUUAUACAUCCACUGAAAUGGUUUGGGGGUCAGCUCAAGUUAAGUUUCAAAAGCAUUUGCCUUUCUAUAUUGAAAAUGAUGGCAUUGGGGUAGAAUGCCACAUAGGGAUAUUUUGUUUUUGACCAUGGUUAUAUUUGGAUUGGCCCCGGGACUUUGUUAAGAGUGGAUGAAAGGUCUCCCCUGGUUAGUAUUUACACUGGACACAGAUUUCCUGUGCAUUUUACAGUUAUCUAACCUAUUGCACUGGUGGUUCUUCAUGCCUGAAGAGCAGUAUUCAUUCCGGAGUGGUUUGGAGCUUUGACUAAGUCUUCAUUCUGUUCAUGUUUGAUUGUACUGCAUCUUCGUCAGCUUUAGAAAGGGUUCCGGACUGAGAUGAUGCUAAGUCAUGAUUCUUUUGAUUGUCUGAACUUCCAGGCUUCAUGAGUUAGGCUGACUGAUUCCUUUUGUAUGUGUCAAAGGACGAUUUUCAUGAUGUGAUGUUUUAUGUCUUGUUUAUUUAUUCAAGGUUGUUGUAUCUGGUCCUGUGUUAUACACAGAGGUUACAGUUACAAGGCUGAGUUCAGCUAUGUAGGUUACAGGUGAUUGGUAGAUAGGUGACCAGAUCGGCAUGCUGAGAGUUUCUAGUAUGUCAAUCUAAAUAUUUUGAUUAUUUUGGCUAUUUUAUGACUGAUUCCUUUGAUUAUUUAAGUGAUCACUAUGUUAAUCUUGUAUGUGUCAAAUGAAGAUUUUUGCAAUGUUUUGUUAUGUUUUGUUCACAAUUGUGGAAUUUGGUCUCUUUUUGCUCAUAUUUAUUCAAGUUUGUUGUAUCUUGCCCUGUGUUACAGCUACAGGUCAGAGUUCAGGAGGUUAUAGAGGGUUGGUAGAUGGCUGACCUGAUCAGCAUGCUGAGAGUUUUCGGUAUGUCAGUCCUUCCCUAGACUGAAACACAGUCUAUAUGUGGUGUUUCCAUAGCCUGACAGUUCUAAAUAUGCCUCUGGUCACCCAACAGUGAAAUGACUUCUGGUAGGAUGAGAUGGAAGAGGGACUACAGUCGAACUUCAUUUAUCCGGACAUAUCCGGAUGACGAGGUGUCAGGUUAACUGGAUCAAACAAGCAAAACGUAUUGACGAUGUAUAUUGAAAAUUUAUUCAUGUACAAUACAAUUACAAUGUAGUUAAUCCUAAUCCUACGCCAGGAGGAAUCACAAACAGUCAAAGCUUUCUUGACCCGCGACAGGUUUAUUACGUGAGUAUACAAAAGACGCGCCGGAAGAACGACGCAGAUAACCCGGCUGGAACAUGACGUAAGGUAUUCCUAACAACUACUGGCGGGACCACUUUUUCUUCUCUUUAAGUUGAUAAUGAGGAACUGGACAAAAGGCGAAUGUCUAAUGGAAUGAACACUGGAAUGGCUAACUGCUUGACAAGAAUUUAAAUGUCCAUGAAAAGUGUCUGGAAUGGAAAGGAGGGAAACACAGAAUUAAAAGUCCAUAUAGUAAUCAUCAAAUCUUGUUGGUGGUCUCCUUGAACGUGAGGUGCGUCCGGCUGGAGUUACAGCACAGUCUCUGUUUGGGUGCUCGGACGUGGGUACUUCAGAAUUGAUACCUCCACAGGGUGUUUGGUCCUCAGGGGCAUGAAUCGAGGGAGGUGGCUCAUCUUCCAUACUGGGAGGAGGUGUGUCACCGGGGGUCGGGAUAUCUCCGUGGGGACAUCCGGCAAGCGAGGAGGGGGGCAGUCGCUGAGAGGUGUAGUGUCGUCGUCAUGGUCAGAAUCACAGUAGUGGGGCUGGUACUGAGGUAUUUGACUUGGUGGCCUAUAACAGUCUGUUACCUUGACACAGUAGGAUGUGCUGCGAAGUUGGGAGCCAACAAACUUCAUGAUGUUGCACCAAGCGCCGUCAACAGAAACAACAAGAUAUCUCUUACGACCAUAAGACCUAGUACCGUCAGAAUGCAGGUAAACCAGAUCACUGACAGUGAUGUUAGGUGUAGGCAUCGUUUUCAUCAGCGGGUUCUUGGAUUUUUCGCUAUGGGGAUGGUUCAACUGUCUGCUUUCAUGCUGUUUGAUGAUGAAUUCCAUAUGAGAUAUGGAAAGUUGAGACUGAGUGAACUGGUCCCUUUGUGUGAGCAUCUCCCUAGCUGACAAACCUUGAGAGCGAAUGCACAAGUUCAACCUUGCUAUGGCUGUGGCCAGAGACAGGGGGGUAGUGGCACCACCAACAGGGUCUUGAGACAACAGUUCUUUUUCUACCUCCUGGAUCGCUGUCUCCGCCACAGGGUUUUUGUUACGAGUUUUGGUUCUUCCUACCUCCAAACAAAGAUUGUGUUUUUUGAGUAGGGGGUCGUUCGUUAGAGUCACAAACCCAGGAGCAGGAUCCACUCUCACUACACUAGGGGGGCCAGCAGUGGUGUAGGAGGUUACAUAUUCACGCACAACAAGAACAAGUUGCCUCUCCCUUUUCAUUACAUCAGCUGCAAAAAGAAGACCGAUAGAUUGUGGAGGAUGACCUGUAGACUGUUGCUCCAACGUGUGAGGAAUCCUUGCAAGAGAAGAGCACACAUGACAUGAGGUGGUGAGCUCGACAGCUUUGUCCAAAUCUAGGGCAAAGAAGUAUCUGUGUAUGACAAGUUUAAGCUGGUGGCAUGACGGAUGGUCGAGUUGGAGGUGUAGGGCUGUCACAAGGCCGUCAAGUACAUCACGAGGCAGUACGAUGCACUCACGAGUUGAAGCCAAGGACUCAUUCUGUUGCACAAUUAAUAACCCAUCCCGAGCAAUAGUUACCACGUUUAAGUAGCGCUUUAUGUCCUUGACAUCAGUCGGCUUCCUGGAUAGUCGAGUUCCUUGUGCUAGGUGAGAGUGUACACGUCGGAGAUCGUGAUUCUCUGACUGAAUGGCAUGCCAUGCCGCUCUGUUUAUGUAGGGCAGUUUAGAGUCCCCAUUGACAAUAUCCUGGGCAGAUACUUUCAACACGGAGGCUUCCUCAGACUGUCUAAUGAACGUACACACUUGGCAAAGUUCAUCCUUGCAUUUGGCAGCAUUUCUACUGGCAAAGUCUGAAGGGAUGUUGGCACUACCAGAUAGAUGGCGGCCGGAGGCUUGAUAACGGCUUACUGUUGAGAGAAAUGUCGCUACACGUGGGCUGGCUGAAAACUCACCACAACACAAUUUCUCAUAUGCUUGGACGCAGGGUUUGCUGUCGGUGAGUAUACAAGCCUUGUGUUUGGACUGGAUGAGGUACGUUGAGAAGUGUUUAGUUGCUACACCUAUGGCGAGAGCUUCGAACUCACAAGGUAGCCAAGUUAUCUGUCUGCCGCGGAGCUUAGCACUGAAGAAACCAGCGACUCUUGGCUUAUCCUGUCUUGUCACAUGUAGUGUGGCACCGAUCCCAUUACACGUCACUGAACCAUCGGUGACAAUCCAUAACUGAUCAGCUGGGCGAGGUAGAGUUAUUGUUCUCGUAGGGUUGAGAGCAGCCUUAGCAGCUGUAAAGGUGUCCAAGAGGAUAUCCGUCCAUGCAACUUUGUCUUGCGACUGUUUGUCUGCCUGGACAUUAUCCAAAAGUGCGAUGUACGAUGCACAGUUAGGAAGGACACAUGCCAGGACCUUGUAUGCCCCAAUAAAGGAUCUCAAACCUGUAACACGCUCUGGUGGGGGACAGGAAGCAAGUGCAGAUACAAGAUGAGAGCAAGCCGUGAGGAUACCUUCCUCCCAUCUCCAUCCAAGGAUACUGACAGAAGAUGGUGCGAUGAAGGUCUUCUUGGCUGACAAGCAGAGGUUGUUUCGGUAAAGUGCGUCUAGAACACGACGCCAAUUAGACAGGAGUUAAGGGAUAGAGUUGGCACCACAAUAAAGGUCAUCAGCCAGUUUAACCAAAAUGCCCUCUUGUUGAACCCGGCACAUGAGUUCCUCCAGGGCCCGUUUCACAAAGCUCUCGUAGGCCUAAGAUCUCGUAACUUUUCUCGUAGCAUUCGUACCUCCUAUACUGUAACAUGCCCAUGGCACAGCGGGUAUAAACACGUACUCCUUUGAAUGGAGUAACGACACCACAGUACUUCAUAGAGUUCUUGGCGAGAGGUAUCUGAUGGAAGGCAAGCGUAAGGUCAGUUGUAAUGAUAUAUUUCCAUGAAGCGAUGUGUCUAAGAGUGGAGUCUACAUCAGGCAUGAGAGAGGGCACGGGUUUGCUAUACCUGCCAACGUCCGAGAAUGCUGUAACUAAGCGAAAUCCACCGCUUUGUUUCUUGACCAGGAAGGAGGGAUUUAGGUACCGGUAUUCCACGGAGACUCCUAUAUCUUCAGGACGUGCAAAUACACCCAUGUGUUCGAGGUGGUCAAACUUUUCCUGAAGUUCAACGAGUUUGUCUCUUGAAUACUUGGGAACACGUCCUUUUCGUUGAGGUGGUUGAACAGGUCCCAUAUUCACCGUUGCCUUAAAAGGUCCUGAAGCGUUGUUAUAUCCGCAGAUAGUAGGGUUGAACACCUCAUCAUAUUCUUGUAAAAGUUAAUGGAAUUUUUCUCUCAUGUCAUCCGAGAACUGGUGAUCUGGAUCAAGGUGAAAAGGGUCAUAAAGGGGCCCGAAGGAUGGGUUUCUUGCUUGUGAUGGCUAGUGGGCUGAAGUUGAGACGAAUUGGUGUCAGACGAUGUUGAAAUGUGGAGAACUUGGCAGACGUGGUCAUGGUGUUUCAGCAUCUGUAGCUGGUUGGUCAAGUUGGGUAUUCGGAUUCUGCCGGAGACACUGGUAAUCACUUCCGGGGCAGGCCAGACAGAUCUGCAUGUACUAUUAUCUAAGCGUGGUUGAAUGGCAAGUUCUUUGUCUGGAG